AUGGCCGGAACAUUGAGACCUGAUCCCGAAUUCCAGAGAUUCAACCUCGCCAAAGAAAACUUGGGUAACUACUUCAGAUUUAAGCCAAGAUCUGCUGUGUUCAACGUAGUCUUCAUGGGUUUAGUUCCUUUGGGGUUGACUAUUGCUGCUUACAAUUUGGAAGGACAAGUUGGUUUCUUUAGAAAAUUCAGAAAAGAAAAGAUUCUUGGAGGUGACGACUAUGUUCCAAGAGACAAAGACUUGUAG